AUGAAGACGCUCCACACUAUUCUCCUGCUCGUAUUUAUGACUUUUGCUCAGGCUUUUGACUACAAGGCAUUGUGGCAGUUCAGGUCUAUGAUCAUCUGUGUCCAGCCCGAUAGCUGGCCCGCCAUAGACUACGCUGACUACGGCUGCUACUGCGGUUUGGGUGGCUCAGGAACUCCUGUUGAUGAGCUGGACAGAUGCUGUCAGGUACAUGACCACUGUUACAGUGACGCCAUGCAACAUGAAGCAUGCUGGGCAAUCCUGGACAACCCUUACACCGAGAUCUAUGCCUAUAAUUGUGACAAAGCCACUAAGACAAUAACCUGCAAUAGCAAGAACAACGAGUGCGAGAUGUUCAUCUGUGAAUGUGACCGUAAAGCUGCUGAGUGCUUUGCUGUGUCCAGCUAUCAUGAGGAAAACAAGAACCUGCCUAGUGAUCGCUGCAAAUGAUUUCUAGACAACUUACCAUACCAAGCAGUAGAGCUAGUCAGUAUUUGCACAAGAC